UGCAUAUUCCGUCACUACAGCGCCAGCGACCUUGCUGCCGAUGAUAGGGGAUAUGCUGAUCCAGAUGAGAAACAAACAUGGGUCAAGAUACCAUCUGAUCAUUUCCGCAGUCAUCUUUAUCCAGGUCAAAGACCCUUUCGCUGACGAUGAGGAGCCAAUACUUCUCCUGGACAAGCAUCGCUCAAUUUCCCGCCCUGCCUGCAGAGAAUGGGGUUUUGACAACAAUCUUAAUACGACAUUUCAAAGAAGGUCCUAGUCAAUGGUUAGACUGCUUUGACACUAAUGCCUACUACUCCAUCAAGGUGCCUGUUAUCGUGGCUACGCGGCCCAUGUUGAAGGCUGCUGCAUGUGCCCUUGCCGCCAAACAUCUGCACCGUAUGUGCCAGGGAGAACCUCGUCGGAUCUUGCGGUUACCCCAUCUUCGAAACAGCGCCCUUAAAUGGGCCAAUGGAGGGAUCGACCUGAAAUAUGAAUCAGUACGCCUGUAUGACGAGGCUAUAGGAUAUUUGAAAGAAGCGAUUAGACUGGAAAUUCCGAACAAUCGGCGAGACGAGAUGUUCGCUGUUGUUGCCAUUCUAUGCAUGUAUGAGUUGAUCGAUGCUCCCAGCACCGAAUGGCGAGCCCAUCUAAGUGCCCUGCCAUUCUUGUAUUGCGGGACAUCAGAUGAUUUCAGCUCGACAUCCACUUUGCCAAACUCUUUACUGCACAUAUCCCGCUCGGUGUUUUGGAGUCUUGUGCGCCAGGACUGUCUUUCUGCAUUUAUCAAUGAAACGCAAACUCGCCUCGACCUUUCCGACCUCGUCAUCUGGCGCAACUUUGGCCUUAACAUCUCCACUCACGGCCAUCUCUUACCUCCAUCUGUCUCCCCUACAACCGUGAACACUCCCAUUUCCUCCUCUCCGAAUCCUCAUACCUCCGUCCCAACGCACUGUACCUGGCUCGAGGAAGAUACCCUCAGCAACGGCUUGAUUUGGAUAAUGGGCAAAAUUAUCAACUUCAUCACGAGCGGUGACGGAAUUUACCCAGGAGACUAUGAAAGCCCCCCAGGCCAGCGUCCAUGUUUUGGCACUACACAAGAGGACCUCCUGGAACGAUGGAAGCGACUAGAGUUUGAGCUGAGUGCCUGGUAUGACACCUUGCCCGAAUCCUUUACCCCGUGCUGUCGUACACAACUAUGUCUAUCCAAUCUUGAACCGACAUAUCACAAAGGCAACCCAACCCCUACAGAAAGCGUCGGAGAUGUAGAUACAAUCGACGCAAUUAUCUUCACCAUCCCCAUGUGUGCCGUCACCAUCCAGACCUACCACAUGGGCCGCAUUCUGCUUUUGAGCAAUAUGCCGCAGGAAUCCACGGCUAUUCGGUCAACCGUAACGGCAAGACUGCGCCAUUAUCGCCAGAUCGCCGGGUUGGUGGUGAAUCAUGCGCGGGAGAUCUGUGGGAUUAGUUUGGCUGGGUUGCCGGAUGCGAUACUUUCGCAUACGGUGCAGCCGUUGUUCGUGGCGGGACAGUGCUUCGAGGGAGACGAGGAGAGGCGAUUAGUAGUUGAUCUGUUGCGACGUGUGGAGAGUGAUACUGGAUGGGCGACAGAGUAUCGGGUGAAGGAGUUGCAGAAGCAAUGGGCGGAUGGGGGAUUGCGGUGUGGGAGAUAGCCAAAACCAUUCCAAUUGUGAUUUUCUAUGUACUUGCGGUGUAUCUUGGAUAGCCGGCACAUUGUGAUUUGGUAAAAAACGCAAAUGUGAUGCAUCUGAUGCAAUUGGGCCUUGCAGACAUGAUUCGACGCAGAUAGCAAGAUUAUCAUCACCGCAUCCCAUAGUACAGAUAGUGGGGAGACCCUCCCACAAUGAAGAAAUUUUCCCGAG